CUCCCAGGUACCAACCUGUGUGCGGAGGCUAAUGGUGGGUGUAGCCACCUAUGCCUGUAUAAGCCGGUGGGCGUCCAGUGUGCCUGUCCCAUUGGUCUAGAGCUGAUAGCUGACCUGUCCACCUGCAUCGUACCAGAAGCCUUCCUCCUCUUCUCCCGACACACAGACAUCAGACGCAUCUCCUUGGAAACCAACAACAACAACGUGGCCAUCCCGCUGACCGUUAAAGAGGCGUCUGCACUUGACUUUGACAUCACCGACAACCGGAUCUACUGGACAGAUAUCACACUGAAGACAAUCAGUCGUGCGUUUAUGAAUGGCAGCGCUCUGGAACACGUGGUGGAGUUUGGCCUGGACUACCCAGAAGGCAUGGCGGUGGACUGGUUGGGGAAGAAUCUGUACUGGGCCGACACUGGGACCAAUCGUAUUGAGGUGGCCAAGCUGGAUGGACAGCACAGACAGGUCCUAGUCUGGAAGGAUCUGGACAGCCCUCGAGCCCUGGCACUGGACCCUGCUGAGGGGUUUAUGUACUGGACAGAGUGGGGUGGGAAGCCCAAGAUUGACCGCUCAGCGAUGGACGACGGGCGGAUCACUCUGGUGCCCAACGUGGGCCGAGCCAACGGGCUGACCAUCGACUAUGCCGAGAGGCGACUGUACUGGACUGACCUGGACACGACACUCAUAGAGUCCUCCAACAUGCUGGGUCUGGAGCGUGAGGUUAUAGCCGGCGCUCCCCACCCCUUUGGUUUGACCCAGUACCAGGAUUACAUCUAUUGGACGGACUGGUCUCAGCGCAGCAUCGAACGGGCCAAUAAGACAUCGGGCCAGAACCGUACGGUCAUCCAGGGUCACCUAGACUACGUGAUGGACAUCUUGGUCUUCCACUCGUCACGCCAGGGGGGCUGGAACGCCUGCGCCUCCACCAAUGGGCAAUGCUCACACCUCUGUCUGGCUGUACCAAUCAGCAGCUUCGUCUGCGGAUGUCCCGCCCACUUCUCCCUCAACAAUGACAACAAGACCUGCAGUGCCCCUACGUCGUUCCUCUUGUUCAGUCAGAAGUCAGCCAUUAACCGGAUGGUGAUGGAUGAGCACCAGUCUCCUGACAUCAUCCUUCCCAUCCACAGUCUGAGGAACGUCAGGGCUAUAGACUACGACCCCCUGGAAAAACAACUGUACUGGAUCGACUCCAAACAGAACGCAAUCCGCAGAGCGCAGGAGAACGGGAACAUGAGUAUGACGGUGGUGUGGAGCCAAGUGGGCGGUCCUAACCUGGGCCUCCAGCCGUUUGACCUGAGCAUCGACAUCUACAGCCGCUUCAUCUACUGGACCAGCGAGGUCACUAAUGUCAUUAACGUGACGAGGACAGACGGCAGCCGGGUGGGAGUGGUGCUGAGAGGAGAACACGACAGACCCAGAGCCAUCGUGGUCAACCCAGAGCGAGGGUACAUGUACUUUACCAACCUGCAGGAGCGCAGUCCUAAGAUAGAACGAGCAGCGCUCGACGGGACAGAGAGAGAGGUGUUGUUCUUCAGUGGCCUGGGGAAGCCCGUUGCCCUGGCCAUAGACAAUGAGGUCGGCAAGCUGUUCUGGGUCGACUCAGACCUCCGGCGCAUCGAGAGCAGUGACCUAUCAGGAGCCAAUCGGAUUGUGAUUGAGGACUCCAACAUCCUCCAGCCGGUUGGUCUGACGGUGUUUGGUAACCACCUGUACUGGAUCGACCGUCAGCAGCAGAUGAUCGAACGCAUCGACAAGACGACCAGGGAGGGAAGGACCAAGAUCCAGGCUCGCAUUGCCUCUCUCAGCGACAUUCACGCUGUCUACGACCUCGACAUGAGCGAGUACAGUAAGCACCCUUGUACCUGGGACAACGGAGGCUGUUCUCACAUCUGUAUCGUCAAGGGAGACGGAACCACACGCUGCUCCUGUCCUGUUCAUCUGGUCCUGCUGCAGAAUGAACUCUCCUGUGGAGAACCCCCCACCUGUUCUCCAGAACAGUUCUCCUGUGUAUCCGGGGAGGUGGACUGUAUUCCCCACGCGUGGCGGUGUGACGGCUACCCAGAGUGUGACGACAGCAGCGACGAGGGAGACUGUCCUGUCUGUUCAGAUUCAGAGUUUCAGUGUGACUCCAGACAGUGUGUUGACCUCAGCCUCCGCUGCAACGGAGAGGUCAACUGUCAGGAUCGCUCAGACGAGAACAAAUGUGAAGUGCGCUGCUCUCCGGACCACUUCAGCUGUUCCAGCGGUCAGUGUGUGGGGAAACAUCAGAAGUGUGACCACUCUACAGACUGCUCUGACAACUCGGACGAGAUGGGCUGCUACCCGACUGAAGAGCCGUCCUCCCAGCCCACCAACACCAUCGGCUCCAUUGUGGGGGUUGUCAUGGCGCUGUUUGUGGUGGGUGCCAUCUACUUGGUGUGCCAGCGCGUGCUCUGUCCCCAGAUGAAGGAUGACAGGGAGACUGUAACCAAUGACUUGGUGGUUCACGGCCCUUCUGUUUCUCUGGGUUAUGUACCUCACCCUGCCUCUCUGUCCGGGUCUCUGCCAGGUAUGUCCAGGGGGAAGUCUGUGAUUGGUUCGUUGAGCAUCAUGGGCGGGUCCAGUGGCCCCCCUUACGACCGCGCCCACGUAACUGGAGCCUCCUCCUCAAGCUCCUCCUCCACCAAGGGCACUUACUUCCCCCCGAUCCUGAACCCUCCUCCAUCUCCUGCGACCGUCAGGUCUCAGUACACCAUGGAGUUUGGCUACUCCUCCAACAGCCCGUCAACGCACCGUUCAUACAGUUACCGUCCCUACACCUACAGUCACUUCGCCCCUCCCACAACCCCCUGCUCCACGGACGUCUGCGACAGCGACUACACCCCCGGACGCCGCGCCCCGCCCACCUCCAACUCCGGCGUCGCCAAAGGUUACACCAGCGACCUGAACUACGACUCGGAACCCUUUCCCCCACCCCCCACCCCCCGCAGCCAGUACCUGUCAGCGGAGGAGAACUGUGAGAGCUGCCCCCCCUCCCCCUAUACGGAGCGCUCCUACUCUCACCACCUCUACCCCCCGCCCCCAUCACCCUGCACAGACUCCUCCUGAAACCCCUCGCUGUACAUAACAAUUGUUGAUAUUGUGUUUCUGAAAGAGGGAGAGGAGAGGAGGCUGCUGAGGGAUGUACAGAACAUAUGAACAGAGAAACAGGAAGCUCGGGGGGAAGAAAGAGCUCCGGGAACAUUUGUACAUUUUAAAAAUAGAAAAAAGCAUAUCUAUAUAUUUUCUAUACAGCGUUUACUGGAUACGCCGUAGAGGGUUUGUAUUCAAACAUUUGUACAUUUUUUAUUUUUUAAGAAAACGUUUUAUUAAAAUCAUCACAAACAUGA